CAGCAGCAGCAGGAGGAGGGGCGGGCAGAAAGGCAGGCAAGAGGACACAGGCGCCAGGCGGGUGUUCUGCUGCUGUCUGACCGACAUUCAGUCGACUUAAGCGGACAGACACGGGAGACGCUGCCCUCCCCUAAGCUACCAGCCACCUUUUGGGGAGAGGGCGAGUAAGCAGGCGGCUUAGCUUACACAUUCGCUGGAGGGAAACGGCAGUUUUUAAAUGUCUUCCUGCACUUAAAAUCAAACUAGUGUUAAUUAAUUUCGACAUUUAAAAAUGUCCAUAUUACCCUUCACGCCUCCGAUCGUGAAGAGGCUUCUCGGUUGGAAGAAGGGGGAGCAGAACGGCCAGGAGGAGAAAUGGUGCGAAAAGGCUGUGAAAAGUCUGGUGAAGAAGUUGAAGAAGACGGGACAAUUAGAGGAGUUGGAAAAGGCCAUCACAACACAGAAUGUCAACACCGAAUGUUUAACGAUACCGAGGUCACUCGACGGUCGACUCCAGGUCUCGCACAGAAAAGGUCUCCCUCAUGUCAUCUACUGCCGCUUAUGGCGCUGGCCCGACCUGCAGUCCCACCACGAGCUGAGGGCCGUCGACCACUGUGAAUACGCCUUCCAUACAAAGAAAGAUGAAGUGUGUGUGAACCCUUAUCACUACCAGAGAGUGGAGACGCCAAUUUUGCCCCCUGUCCUAGUUCCAAGACAUACGGAUAUCCCUGCAGAGUUCCCACCGCUGGAUGACUAUAGUCCUUCCAUCCCUGAGAACACCAACUUCCCUGCUGGUAUUGAACCACAAAGUAACUACACACCCGAAACACCCCCACCCGGAUACCUGAGUGAGGAUGGCGAGACAGGAAAUCACCAGCUCAACCACAGCAUGGAUACAGGUUCACCCAGCCUGUCACCCAAUCCUGUGUCACCCAUAAAUAAUAAUCUUGACUUACAACCCGUGACAUACUGCGAGUCUGCCUUCUGGUGUUCCAUCUCAUAUUACGAGCUCAACCAGCGUGUUGGAGAAACCUUCCACGCCUCCCAGCCCUCUCUCACAGUCGAUGGCUUCACUGACCCCUCCAACUCAGAACGCUUUUGUCUGGGCCUGCUGUCCAACGUCAAUCGCAAUUCUGCAGUGGAGCUCACACGUAGACAUAUAGGAAAGGGUGUCAGGUUGUACUACAUUGGUGGAGAAGUGUUUGCUGAGUGUCUCAGUGACAGCGCCAUCUUUGUCCAGAGUCCGAACUGCAACCAGCGCUAUGGAUGGCAUCCUGCUACUGUCUGCAAGAUCCCUCCAGGUUGCAACUUAAAGAUCUUCAACAACCAGGAAUUUGCUGGUCUUCUUACCCAGUCGGUUAACCAGGGCUUUGAGGCGGUUUACCAGCUCACCAGGAUGUGCACCAUUCGUAUGAGUUUUGUCAAAGGAUGGGGAGCUGAGUACAGACGUCAGACAGUGACCAGCACCCCCUGCUGGAUAGAACUGCAUCUUAACGGCCCUUUACAGUGGCUGGACAAGGUUCUCACACAGAUGGGUUCCCCCAGCAUCCACUGCUCGAGUGUGUCUUAAAGACAGCCUCCUCCAGGUCACACUCACAGGCUCUCACUUGAAGUGACAUGACACUACAGCAGUAUUCAGAUCAACCUCACACACUUUGCUUCUGCACGCUCGUGUCUUCAAGUGAAGCCGCAGGGUAUUUUCUGCAGGUUUCACAUACAAUACACCUUCUGUUUCUUCAUAAACGACACGUUGUUCAUGGUGAGUACCUUGACUUUGAACUUAGUUCUUACAUUUUCAUUAAUUUCUCAGGAAAUACUUCACCCUUAUACAAACAUCAGGCUUAUUUGUAAAACGUUUUGGAAAUACAUCCAAAUCCUCUGAAUCUAUCUCUUCUCAUGUAUCAUGUUACACAACAUUUUGGAUUCUAUGAAUGAACUAAACUUUCUACCAGUGUUUAUGUCCCAGUACCACUCUUUGUAAGUCGCUGAAUUUGGGAGUUUAUUGGUCAAGCAGUGGGGAAAAACAUGAUCAAUGUGAUUAAAUAUAUAUACAGUGGAAACAAGGUAUUCAGACUUCAUCAAAAUGUUCACUCUUUUUUUCAUUGCAACUAUUUCCUAAAAUCAAAAAAGUUCAUUUUAUUCCCCAUAUUUACAAAAAAAAUUUAACUUUUUGCCAAUUUAAAAAAAGAAAAACUGAAAUAUCACAUUGAGAUAGGCACCAGCGCCCCCCGCGAUGGAUGGAUGGAUGAAAUAUCACAUGGUCAUAAGUAUUUAGAUGCUUUUCUCAGUAUUGAGUAGAAGCACCCUUUUGAUCUUGUACAGCCAUGAGUCUUCUGGAGAAUGACUCAAGAUUUUCACACCUGGAUUUGGGGAUCCGCUGCCAUUCUUUCUUGCAGACCCUCUCCAGUUCUGUCAGGUUGGAUGGUGAAAGUUAGUGGACAGCCAUUUUCAGGUCUCUCCAGAGAUGCUCAAUUUGGUUUAGGUCAUGGUUCUGGCUCGGCCAGUCAAGAAUGUUCAGAGUUAUUCCGUAGCCACUCUUUUAUUUUAGCUGUGUCCUUAGGGUCAUUGUCUUGUUGGAAGGUGAAUGUUUGGCCCAGUCUGAGGUCCUAGGCACUCAGGAAGAAUUUUUUUUUUCCAGGAUAUCUCAGCACUUGGCCACAUUCAUCUUUCCUUCAAUUGCCCUGUCCCUGCAGCUGAACUACACCCCCAUAGCAUGAUGCUGCCACUACCAUGUUUCACAUUUGGGAUUGUAUUGGGCAGGUGUUGAGCAGUGCCUGUUUUUUUUGUCCACACAUUCCACUUUGUUUAACUAACACCCAACAUUUAAUCUUGGUCUCAUCAGACCAGAUAAUCUUAAUUCAGUCUGGGAGUCCUUCAUGUGUUUUUUUGGCAAACUAUGCAGGCUUUCAUAUGUCUUGCACUGGGAGAGGCUUCCGUCAGGCCACUCUGCCACAGAGUCACUUUCUCCCAUCUCCCUACUGCAUCCCUAGUGCUCAGCCAAAGUGAUAUUUGGGCUCUUCUCCCACGAUGGCUCAGUUUGGCUGGACAGCCAGGUCUAGGAAGAGUUGUGGUUGUCCCAAACUUUUUCUAUUUAACAAUUAUGGAGGCCACUGUCCUCUCGGGAACCUUCAAUGCUGCAGAAAUUAUUUUGUAACCAUGGCCAGAUCUGUGCCUUGCCACAAUUCCGUUUCUGAGCUCUUUGGGCAGUUUCUUCAACCUCAGGAUUCUCAUUUGCUCUGACAUGCACUGACAGCUGUAAUGUCUUAUACAGACAUGUGUGUCCCUCUCUUAAUCAAGUCCACUCAGUUUAAUUAAAUACAGCUGUGUUUAAAUGAAGGAGAAUCAGAAAAAAUGGACACCAUGUGAGUUAAAUAUAUGUGUCACAGCAUAGGGUCUGAAUACGUAUGAUCAUCUGAUAUUUAAAAUUUUUUCAAAGUUCUACAUUUCUGUUUCUUUUCUGUCAAGAUGGGGUGCUGAGUCUACAUUAAUGACAAAUUUGUUUUGAUUUUGGAAAAUGGCUGAAAUGAAACAGAGUGAAGAUCUUAACAAGGUCUAAAUACUUUCUGUAACCAUUUAGUUUAAGUACAAGGUACUUAGCCCACAAUGAUUUCAUCAUAUUAAUGAGAGUUAGAUGAUUACUUUCUAAUUGGUGUUUUAAACAGCAGCACGAUUAUUAAUAAUCCUUGUAUGGAAAAAAUAUUUUGCUCAAUGAAAGAUACAUUUUAUAAGUUAUUUUUGCAUACUGUCCUGCAUAGAAGUAUAUUUUUACGAUUGCCUCAGUAUGGUUGUACAUACAUAACUAUUUAUAGCUUGUGAUUUCUUGUAGUUCUGAUUGAAUCAGUGACUCCACCUGCUUUAUUGUUGCCCUUUCUUUAGUGUUUGGUUAACUGAGGUCUAACACACACUGUAGAAUAAUGGCACAUGCUACUUCUGUUACAUAGCACAUACACUGACUGACUGAUGGGCACUCCAGCAUUUUUGCUAAAACAACAAACGUCUUAUCUCAUAGCACCAAUCUGGUCCAGGUGGAUGAAUGAUGCACUUCUUGUUGUUUACCGUGUUGAUUGUUGUGCAGCUUCUGUUGUAGUUGUGUGUAAUUUCCUUAGACAUGGUCUUUGCCAUGUUAAUAUUCAUGCACCUCCAGUACAGUCAUAACCUAUUUAAAGCAGUAACACAGCGCAUUAGUUUUUAGAGCAUUGUAUCUUCUUAUGGUCUUGCUUAAAUGUCCUGUUACAUGUGUGUUCUUUGUUCACGGGGUCAAAUAUUUGUUCUGUCUAAUAGUAAAUAAAUGUAAAGAGACAACAUA